AAGAGAGUACCAUGAAUACGAGCAGCAGCAGCACCACCACUCCCUUACUAUGCUACCCAUCACAGUUCUCUUCCCACAGCCUUGUCUUCUUAUCCUCAUUUAUCACAAUUUAAGGUCUCUUUCCCUCUUCUUUCUUUAUGUGUUCCUAUACAUCUAUCUUUCUUGAGUGAUGAAUGGAGCACUUCCCCAAAGAUACCUUCUCCUUCGUCUCCCUCUCUCCCUCCCCUUCUCUUUCUCCCUGUAUGUCGAGGCAUGGAUAAUGAAAGAAAGGGUACUUUGGGGGGGCAAUGGUCAUGUGUCAGAGGGCUUUCACAGAAGAAGGGUCAGACAUCAGUAGGACCCUCAAAAUGACGGGAAAGAGAGCGCCUCUUGGUGCCUUCUAGUACCCACCACAAUAGUCGUGCAUCUCUAGACCUUUCCCUUUGAGUUCAGACUCCCCAUCAUGAUGCCCUCUAAUGGCAGGCAUUUCCUUUGCUGAGCGCACCCUCAUGAACUUUCACUCUACCAGCGCCGGUACUGGAGCCGGCAUCCCAGCUUCUGUGGACUCCUUUUCUCAGUUGCCCUUCAUCAGAUCCGGCGUCAUGGUCAAUGACACCACCACUAUCACCACCGCCACCACCACCAACAACAAUAGCAACAACAGCAAUUGUGGCAGCGGCAAGAAAGAAAAGGCCGCAAUUCGCCUCUUCGGCAUAGAAUUCGGCGAGAAGGGGACAAGCCGUGGCAGUUCCAGGGAAGAGGAAGAUUCGGACGAGACCGUGUGCGAAGAGAGCAUCAAAGAGCUAGAGGAUGGCAACAGCAGUACCAAUAACAAUGUCAAUCUCAUCAACGCCAACAGCAAGAUCAACAACACCACCAACAACAACAACAAUGGUGGUGGUGUUUUUAGUGGUAAUGUGGGCAGUAAUAGUAGUAAUAGCAGAAAAUUCGAGUGCCAUUACUGUUGUAGAAAUUUCCCGACAUCUCAAGCGUUAGGAGGGCACCAGAACGCGCACAAGAGAGAAAGGCAGCACGCGAAGAGGGUGCACUUGCAGUCGGCCAUGGCGCAACCUGUCACAGUGGGCUCGAGCCUAGGUCCAGCGUAUGGGUUUAUGAAUUACCAUCACCACCACCACAACCAACAGUUCCCGGUCAUGAACAGAGUCGUGUUUGGUAGGUUGGAGCCUCCCUCCUACCCAUGGCUGCCAAACCCAGCCCAGACGAUCAGUGGGAGCCCUCUGCAGCCCAUAUGGAGUGUCCCUCUCGUUCCACAUAGCCAGACGCAAGAGGGGUUCCAGCACCCGUACCACCCUCUGCAGUUGCUCGCCGGGGACGGCUCUAACCCAAGGCACGAACCUAUGCAAGGGCUCAGGCACCAGUCCGCGUCCACGCCGUCCGCUAAGGACACUUUGAGCCUUGAUCUGCAUCUUUAACGUCCCUCUUUCUUCCUAGUGUGGAUGCACUUUCGGUUCGUAAACCAGCCUGAUCAAUUUUUUCCAAAGAAAGCGAGACCGACGCGAGGUUUCCUAGUGUGACUCAAUUUCUAGCUUUAACCUGACAAUGUCUCAGAAUUGCAGUUCACUGUUUGGCUGUAAUUGGAAUUUGCGAUUUUGCCACGAGCAGCAAGGCAUUAUUGUUUGUUAUGGUUCACAAUUUCGGGUACAUCGCUUUCUUACAGCAUUGCGGUGAGUGAAAAAAAAAAUGCUUACAGAUUCGUGCAGUCCGAGAGGCACGGCCAGAGCGGGGUGGACUCCAGUUGUAACAAAAAUCAUCCAGUACUUACUUACCGAUGUGCAUGUGCAUGUGUUUAAGUGCACGCACUCACGUACGUGUGUGUAUGUAUGUAUGUAUGUAAGAGAGAGGGGAAGUGUUCCUGUACGUACAACAGUAAGACCUGGUCCUGAUCAUCGUGGUCCUUUCAAAAGCUCACAGUUAUGGGUCGGUUUGAUGAAAGUGUACGUUAUUUAUGGCU